GUAAUGGAAUCCCAUACCAAAGGCCAUCUCUCUCGUCUACUCUUUCCCCCACGUGGUCUCGUCUUUUCACACACACAACAAAGCACUCUCUCUCUAUAGUAUAUUUUUUGACUGUAUUGUUAAUUAAAGGUCGUUUCAGCUGUUACCUUUCAUUUGCCAGUUGGGAAGUUAAGUUAUCGCUUCUGUCCUCCAUUACAUUUUCACACUCUGUAUAUAAUAUAUCCAUCUAAGUAAUAUAUACUAGUAUAUAAUUCAUCUGAAAUCCCACUGGACGAGCUAGUCUUUAACUAUAAAUACACCGAGAGUGAUCGAUCACUUAAUUAGCUUCCCUAUUCAUUUUUCUGCAUCUUGUGCAGUCUGAAUAUAUCAUAAUUGUACGUAUACAGAAAUACGUAUACAGAUCGAUCAUAGUACGUUAUUAAGCAAGUACUGUACAAGAAUUAGCUAGGCUUUUAGCAAAGUUGAAAGAUGCAGAAUUACGAGGUAGUAAAAGAGUUGGGAUCUGGGAAUUUUGGGGUGGCCAGACUCAUGCGCAACAAAGAAACCAAACAGCUUGUUGCCAUGAAAUACAUUGAACGUGGUCGUAAGAUUGAUGAGAAUGUAGCAAGAGAAAUCAUAAAUCAUAGGUCACUCCGCCAUCCAAAUAUAAUUCGUUUUAAAGAGGUGGUUUUAACGCCAACCCACUUGGCAAUAGUAAUGGAGUAUGCAGCUGGUGGAGAGCUCUUUGAUCGGAUCUGCCAAGCUGGUCGAUUUAGUGAAGCUGAGGCUCGGUACUUUUUCCAACAGUUGAUUUGUGGAGUCCACUACUGUCACAGCAUGCAAAUAUGCCACAGAGAUUUGAAGUUGGAAAAUACACUGUUAGAUGGAAACCCAGCACCUCGUCUUAAAAUUUGUGACUUUGGUUACUCCAAGUCAUCUGUAUUGCAUUCACGACCAAAAUCGACUGUUGGAACUCCGGCUUAUAUUGCACCAGAGGUUCUCUCUCGUCGAGAAUAUGAUGGCAAGUCGGCAGAUGUAUGGUCAUGUGGAGUGACUCUAUAUGUCAUGUUGGUGGGAGCAUAUCCUUUUGAAGAUCCAGAUGAUCCUAAAAAUUUCAGAAAAACUAUUUCAAAAAUAAUGGCUGGUCAAUACAAAAUCCCAGACUAUGUUCACAUAUCUCAGGAUUGCAAGCACCUUCUUUCUCGAAUAUUUGUUGCCAGUCCUAUCAGGAGAAUCACACUAAAGGAGAUCAAGAACCAUCCAUGGUUUUUGAAGAGCUUGCCAAAAGAACUCACAGAACCAGCCCAAGCAGUAUACUACAAAAGAGACAAUCCAACAUUCUCCCUUCAAACCAUUGAAGAAAUCAUGAAAAUUGUAUCAGAGGCUAGAAAUCCACCACCAUCAUCAAGAUCUGUUCCAGGCUUUGGCUGGGGAACAGAAGAAGAAGAAGAUGGAGAGACGACCAAAGAAGAAGAAGAAGAAGCAGAGGAAGAAGAAGAAGAAGAUGAGUAUGAAAAACAAGUUAAGCAAGUUCAUGCUAGCGGAGAGUUUCAUAUCACACAAGAAGCUAAUUAAUUUUUCACUAUAGUGUAAUUUUGAUGUGUAUUGUGGAACUAAUACCAUUACUUGGCAACAUAACUCUAUUUCCCUAAAUCAGCAAAUUUCAAAUGUACUAAAUAGUGUUUUCUUGAUAUUCUACUUAUAUUUGACUUA